CUCCUGAUUGCACAUCCCUUGAGUUGAAGUUCGAAAGAUCCUUCAACAUCUGGUUCUUACAAGGUUAUCUUCGGUGAGCCGUGGCCCCGUUGUCGGAGAGCUCAGCGUACUCGAAACAAAAGGCUAAUGAGUCUGAAGGGAAGUGGGGGGAUUUGUGUGCACCUGAGGUGCGUGUUCCAAGUGCAUCUCCGCAUGUUCACGAUGACUGCGAAGCAUUAGACAAGGGGAUGUGGGAGCUAAGCGCUAAGCUGCCGUGAGCGCUCUCCAUGAACCGACUCUAGUAAUCCAACCUCUCCAAAUCAUCGGCCCGUUUGGAGUUGGAGACCAAGAAGAGGUUGAAGAGGGGUCAUGAGGAGAGUGGGUUUCCGUUGUGGGCACGGACUCCUAUGCGGAAGGUUGAGGCGGAGGCGAGGGUGGAAAGAGUCCGAUGGCAGAGGAAAAUGAAUGAGAAAGCUGGAACAAAAUUUACAACGACGUGACUGACUGUCUGCGGGACUAGACUCCUUGAUACUUCUGGUUGGUGAGGCUACACCUAUGUCAAAGAGAUAUAAGAGAGCAGCCGAAGAACCUGCGAUGGACCGCAAAUGCCAAGGAAUCUCAUGGAUUUCGCCCGCGCCCUCGUCACGGAGCCUCACGGUCUGGAAUUCCCGUACCUGGAUCAUAUAUCCUCUGCUCCUCCCAAGCCGCAGUAACAGUCGGGAGAUACCAUACCGUUGUGCGACAUCGCGCAUCUUGAAAGAAAAAAUAUUAUGCUUGCGCAGUAGACCUGUGAUGUGGUGCUGGGUACGACGUUGAGGGUAUAAAGGCGUCGUUGAGAAUCUCAGUCAAAUGGCCAUUACUCGCGUCUUCACUCUCAUCGCUGUUUCUAUUGCCGCUGCUCACCUUGCUUGUGCAGCCGUUAUUCCUACACCGGUCCCUUCCGGAAGCCCCACGGAUUGCCCAAUGUCGUUCUCCAAGCCAUCAAGGUCAGGGGCCGCGCCAGCACCAACCGAUAUUCCACAGGAUGGCAAUGCGUACAACAUUUCUGCGGGACCUUUGAGGUGUCCGCCCUCUUUCUCUGCGAGUGGUCUACCAGAUGCGCGCCCCUCCGGUCUCCCGCCUGUUGAAUCUGCUGCUGGGUCGGCGCCGACCGACAUGCCAGGGGAUGCUUCUGACAAAUCCUCAGCGCCCUCUCAAUCUGACAUUCCAGCAACGAACACGUCGUCCUACCCUUCCGGAGCAUCUCCUGAUAGCCCGGCGCCCACCCAGCUCCCCAGGGAAUACCUAGAAUCCCUUUCCCAAUUUCCCGAUUUCCCUUCGACCAGAUCAUCGGACGGCGCGACGCCGACAGAUAUCCCACAAAAUGGAGCAAUGCCAAGUGGAUCUGGUAACGCCCCACCUUCAUUCUCUCAAGGUUCUACUCCAUCAGCGUGCCCAUCUUACUUGCCUUCCGCUGCGCCCAGUGAUGGCGCGGUACCCAGUGACUUACCAGCCUCCAAUUUUUCUUCUGGGUCGCUUUCACAAGGGUGCCCGCCCGACUUUCCCUCCUCUGCCUUCCCCUCUGGGGGCCCAGCUCCAACUGAUGCCGCAUAA